CGCUUCCGCUUCCGCCUCGCCUUGACAUUCCCGCCUCUUCGAAUCGGGUUGGAAUGGAAAGAAAGAAAGAAACAGAGUCUUGGUUGAGGAGGCGUGAGGGAUAGUCGUGUCGGGUUUCUUCGCCUCAGUUCGGUCGGUCGGCGUCUUUUCCGGUGUGCAGCCUUCCUCUCGCUUUCCCCGUUUUGCCCCUCGGUUGUGAGGAGGGUCCAGCCUCGCCUCUGCCUGGAAAAGAGGCUGCCAGGGAAUUAGACUGGACUAACUCUUCGUAAUAUGGCACUACUUUUCCACAUUUCCAGAGUGCUUUGAACGGUCACGCCCAGCCUCGUGUUGACACCAGUAGAGCUUCCGAAACUGAGCAGAACCUAAAGGGAGACGAUGGUGCUUCAGGCAUUUUAGACCUCAUCCUUCUUAGACUUCUGACACGAAGCCGAGGUCGCCAGAACCAAUGAGCCAGAUUGUCUUCCGCUGAGUUUGAAAGCUUUGUAUUCCCCUACCCCAGUGACCCUCCAGGUGCCACCCUCUGCACCUUCCUCCCUCCUCCAGAAGCUCCACCUGCUGAUCCAGGUUCUAUCCCAUCUCAACUGGUGAGAAGAGAGGACAGUCCGUGUUGUUUUAAGCAGGUCUACUUGGAAGCAUUUAAAGUUUGAGCCAUCUGUCAAUUAUGUGAGCAGUUGCCAUAAUGGAUGAAACUGUUGAAUUGAUGAAGGUGGAUGCUGGAGACUAUGUGUUAGCUAAUCAUGCCUCUAUAUUCAAAGUCCACCCUCUUCAACAAGAUGCUGACUCGGGGGAUCAUCUUCCAUUAUCUGGCAACAAGUUUUCAUCAAACUUGUUUGGCAGUCCAGAGAGACCUUUCAGUGGUCCAACUGUAAAUGCGUCACAUAGUCUUAAUUAUUGUUCAGAAAUAUCAUCCCCGGAGAGCUAUCAAGCUGCAGGAGCAUUUGGAGUGAGUGCCAAUGGCCAGUGGAGGAGCUGUGUUCCUACCCUUGGUUCUGUUUUACAGAAGCCCAGACCAAGUCGGAGUGCAUAUUUUGAAACUCGCAAAUUCCCAAGCGGGACGUCAAAUUCCUUUGCAGGGAAAUCCAAUCAUAUUUCUGCCUAUGAAAAAUCAUUUCCAAUUAAACCUGUCAGCAGUCCAUCAUGGAACACUUCCUACUGUCGCUUGCAGAGUCCCAAGAAAUCCCAGAGGAGGUUCAUCAGCACAGCAGAAGAGACUGUCCGAGAGGAAGAGAAAGAAGUUUACAGGCAGCUACUCCAAGUGGUUACGGGGAAAAAGUUCUGCACUUCCAAGCCCUCUUCACUAUUUUUUCUCCAACAGCCCCGAUGUGCGAGUUCCAGUAAAAACCUUGUGAAAGAAUCUGAAAGUCAGAGUCGGAAACCAGCUGGGGUUUAUGGCCUCACUCCAGGCAACCAUCCACCAGAGGCUGUCAGGACUCCGCAGCAGCACUCACACAAUUCACUGCCAUUCUCCACAGAUAAUUAUCCAUCAUGGCUUACCUUAGAGCCUAAGAACAGCAGUACACCAAUUCAGCAAAAUAACACACCUCCUUUGGAUGUGCAGCCUGAAGGGUCUGAUUCUGUCAUAAUGCUCAAUGGCAAAGACUUCAAAACUCCAGCACCAAGUACCCCUUUCUUCCAGGCUGAAUUAUGGAUCAAAGAAUUAACCAGCGUGUAUGACUCCCGAGCCCGUGAGAGGUUGAGACAGAUAGAAGAGCAGAAAGCUUUGGCGCAGCAGCUGCAGAGCCAGAGACUGCAGAAGCAGGAGUUUUCUGUACCUGAUUCAGUCGACCUACAUUUGAGAGUACCUCUUGAAAAGGAGAUUCCUGUUACGGUUGUCCUGGAAGAACCAAAGAAAGCUGACGGUGAAGAUGAGUUCCCUGAACUCACCGAAGCGAUGGAAGGGGAAAUCAAGUGCGUUUUACGAGGUGGGAACCAGGAUGAGGUCCUGAGUGAAGCCUUCCGGUUAACCAUAACUAGAAAAGACAUUCACACCCUGAAUCACCUCAACUGGCUCAACGAUGAGAUCAUCAAUUUCUAUAUGAAUAUGUUGACGGAGAGAAGCAAGCAGAAAGGGUUUCCAACUGUUCAUGCAUUUAACACAUUUUUCUUCACCAAGUUAAAAACUGCUGGUUAUCAAGCUGUAAAACGUUGGACUAAAAAAGUGGACAUAUUUUCUGUAGAUAUCUUGUUGGUGCCUAUUCAUCUUGGUGUCCAUUGGUGCUUAGCUGUCAUAGAUUUUAGGAAAAAAACCAUCACCUACUAUGAUUCAAUGGGUGGAAUGAACAGUGAAGCUUGCAAGAUACUAUUGCAAUACCUAAAGCAGGAAAGCCUGGACAAAAAACGAAAGGAAUUUGACACCAAUGGCUGGAUGCUGCUGAGUAAAAGAAGCCAGGAGAUCCCUCAACAGAUGAAUGGCAGUGACUGUGGGAUGUUUGCUUGCAAAUAUGCUGACUACAUUACCAAAGACAAGCCAAUCAACUUCACUCAGCAACACAUGCCUUAUUUCCGGAAACGUAUGGUCUGGGAGAUUCUCCAUCGCAAGCUGUUGUGAUUUCUCACCAAACGCAGGACCCUUCAGAGACUAAAUAGGCCUUCACCCUUCUCAGCCAUCUCAGAUACAGACUGCAUGGGAUUUCCAUUGGUACUUAUCAGACUCUGUUUAAACAAACAAGCAAAACCUCUGUGGACAUUUUUGUUGAUUUUAUUUUUUACAAAAUUCCAAUUUGUGGACCCAAAUGCUGUGGAACCCUUUCAGAAGCACACCUGCCUUGGAUUGGGGAGGGGCAGGGGAGUUAUUUUGAAACCAACGCUGACGAACACAUCUUUUAACCAUCCUGGAGUUCUGCCAUUUUACUUGUGAGCCCUGCAGCUGAUAUGAGCAAAUAAUGUUAGACUUGCCAAGCUUCAUUUGGGGGAUGGCUCAAAAGCACUUGGGCAGUUGUGCCAUUUCUGCCAUGAUCUUAGACUCGCUUGCCAGCAUCCAGUAAGGUGGCGCCGCUACGACUCCAGCUGCAGCACAUACCAGCAAUUUCUUUUCUGCAGCGUAAAGCGUACUUAUAGAUGCAUACUUAAGCACUGAUACACAUGUCUGGGGACCUGCUCAUAUGACAUUUCCCAAAUGCGUAUGCAUUUUUUAAAUUCCAACAUGGCACAUUGGCUAAUUCGAGUUGUUUCCCUGCAGCAAUCGAUGAGAUGUAGCUCUGCCCUUUUAAUUUCUAAAUCCUCUGAAGACCAGGUGAGAAUUGGAAUGCUUGAGGAUGGAAAGCUCUGAUAGACACACCAGCACAUGAAAAACACCCGUACUGCUCUUUUCAUCAGCGCAUGGCUUUUCCUUCACUUCUGUAGCAGUGGCAAAGGAACAAUCUUUUUUCGCUGGUGUUCGAGCCAAGGAUCUUCUAGCAUUCAAAAUCCAUUUUGUCCUAGUGAAACGUUGAUUGGCUUUUCUCUGACGCUCUCUCUGGAAGCCCUAAGAAUGAUGACAUGUUUACCCAUGGGGAGGCUUUUUGGUCUGUGCCUCCUCCACAGCUGCCUCUCAUGGGCAGAGAGCAGGCAUAGAAUCCGACUGGGGCAGGGGUCUGCAACCUGUGGCUCUCCAGAUGUUCAUGGACUACAAUUCC